AUGUCUGAGCUGUGCUUUUCAAGCACGUCCAGGUAUCACCUCAUAAGAACCCGCAUCAAAUCUGACUUCUUCCUCCUCUGUUCCUUCAUUUUCUCCCACCCUUUACAGUUUGCCUUCCUGAUUUUCUUCUUCCCAUACAUUCACAAAAUCCUGUCUUUUAUCUUCCCUCUUUUUGUUACUACAUCCCUCUUCCUCCUUGCUUUCUUAACAUUCGUCCCGAACUUCUUGAUUAAUGACAAUCAAUCAGCACCAGAAACCAAGGUAAGUUUUCUCACUGUUAGUUAUCGUUCAAUUGUUGAGUUGCUGAGGUCUAAGAUAGAUAAUCAACGAGAGGAAUAUCUUCGGUUGGAGGAUUUUGAAGUUUUCAGAGCUGUCUUCGAACAGCCCACCAUUCAUGAUGCUGAUGUUGUCAACAAAGUUGAAGAAUCAGAGCCAGAAUCCAAGAAUACUCAUGAUUCUGUUCAAGAAGCCUGCAGCCCGGAUGAAGAAACAUUAGCCAGCCAGACGGAAUUGGAGAGUUUUGCUGAAUCGGAGAGCAACUGGGGUGAUAUGGAAGAUGCAGAUGAUAAGAAAUUGGGUAGUUCUUGGCAAGAUUGGGAUGAUGAUGAUUUCGAGGAUGUUAAAGUGAUGAACAGAAUUAGUACUGUGGAAUUGAAGAAAAUUGCGCCACCUUGCACAGAGGCCAAUAAAGCUAAUAUUAAUGAGAAAAAGUCACAAUUGAGCAAUGGAUCCGAGGCAGCAGAGGAAGAAGAAGCAGAAACAGGGGAUAAUGAUAAAAUAAGACGCAAUCAUUCGGUUGGUAAAGAAAAAGGCAGAGAAGAGUGUUACAAGUCAAAGCUUCUAAAAGUGCAUUCUCACAGUAUUGGUGCUAGUGCAGAUUACACAAAUGACCAUGGAAAUUACAGCUUAAGGGUUCAGAGUUUUUCUCCGUCAUUGGAUUACAGUUAUGGAUCAAUGAGGAAGGAGAAAGAAUGGAAGAGGACUCUGGCGUGCAAGCUUUUCGAAGAACGGCACAAUAAUGCUGCCGCUGCCGGCGCCGGCGCCGGGGAUCAGAGCAGUGAAGGGAUGGAUUUGUUGUGGGAGACGUAUGAAUCGGAGACAUCAACUAAGAAUAAAGCAAAUGGCAAGAAGAAGAGUAACACCAAGAAGACCAGCAAGCAGAGUUCUAAGAACAAGUAUGAGAUUAAGGUUCAUGAGGAAGAUGAUGAAGAAGAGAUUGAGGAUGAUGAUGAUGAAUCAACAAAUGGGCAAUUGUGCUGCUUACAGGCCCUGAAAUUCUCAACGGGGAAGAUGAAUUUGGGAGGAAUGGGAAGGCCAAAUCUGGUGAAAUUUUCCAAGGCCAUUAAAGGGAUUGGAUGGUUGCAUAGCUUCAAGAAGCAUCAUAGCAAGAAGGAUAGUUUAAAUAUGGCGAUGGGAAGAUUUCGGGGCUUCCGGACCACGCCCCGGGAUCGACCGACGGCUCCGCAAGUUGGGGUUUCUCGACUCUCUUCAUCAAAUCUCAAGUUCUCCGUCCCCGCUCUCGCCGUCGUGUUUUUUCUCUUCUUCACUUUCUCUUCCCUCCACAAAUCUUCCUCCAUUCCCUCCGAUCUCGAACAAGGUUUUUCUUUUGGUUCCUAUGUACUUGGACGCUCUGGCAGGUCGGUUCUAGCUAUGAAAUCAGAUCCAUUGAAGCCUAAAUUGGAUCAGCUCCGUAAGCAAGCCGAUGAUCACCGAUCUUUGGUUCAGGCUUAUGCUGCUUAUGCUAGAAAGCUCAAGCUGGAGAACUCCAAGCUUGUGAGGGUUUUCGCAGAUCUCUCUCGCAACUUCACUGAUCUCCUUACAAAGCCUUUUUAUAAGGAUCUGUUUGAUGCAGAUGCCACCUCAAUCGAUGAGUCCCAACUCAGGCAGUAUGAGAAGGAGGUGAAGGAAAGAAUUAAAGUGACGCGGCAAGUGAUUUCAGAGGCGAAAGAGAGUUUUGAUAAUCAGCUCAAAAUCCAAAAGCUGAAAGAUAAUAUCUUUGCUGUGAAUGAGCAGUUAACCAAGGCGAAGAAGCAGGGAGCUUUCUCAAGUCUGAUUGCUGCAAAGUCAAUUCCCAAGAGCUUACAUUGUGUUGCAAUGAGAUUGAUGGAAGAGCGAAUUGCCCACCCUGAAAAGUAUAAUGACGAAGGCAAGCCCUCACCACCUGAGUUUGAGGAUCCAAAGCUAUAUCACUAUGCCAUUUUCUCUGACAAUGUGGUUGCUGCUUCUGUUGUGGUGAAUUCUGCCGUAAUUAACUCAAAAGACCCAUCGAAGCACGUGUUUCAUGUGGUGACUGAUAAGAUGAAUCUUGGGGCUAUGCAAGUCAUGUUCAAGGUAAAGGAUUACAAUGGGGCUCACAUUGAAGUGAAGGCUGUGGAAGAUUACAAGUUUCUGAACUCUUCAUAUGUUCCGGUUCUUAGACAGCUUGAAUCUGCAAAUCUGCAGAAGUUUUACUUUGAGAAUAAGUUGGAAAAUGCUACAAAAGACACCACAAACAUGAAAUUCAGAAAUCCCAAGUAUCUCUCUAUAUUGAAUCAUUUGAGGUUCUACUUACCAGAGAUGUACCCAAAAUUGCAUAGAAUCUUGUUCUUGGAUGAUGAUAUAGUGGUGCAGAAGGAUUUGACUGGGCUUUGGAAGAUUGAUAUGGAUGGGAAGGUGAAUGGAGCUGUGGAGACGUGCUUUGGGUCAUUUCACCGAUAUAAACAAUACAUGAAUUUUUCUCAUCCCUUAAUCAAAGCUAAAUUCAGCCCAAAUGCAUGUGCAUGGGCAUAUGGUAUGAAUUUCUUUGACUUGGAUGCUUGGAGGAGGGAAAAGUGUACCGAAGAAUAUCACUACUGGCAGAAUCUGAAUGAAAACCGCACACUAUGGAAAUUGGGGACAUUGCCUCCUGGUCUCAUCACAUAUUAUUCAACAACAAAACCGCUUGAGAAGUCCUGGCAUGUUUUGGGCCUUGGUUAUAAUGCCAAUAUUGAAAAGGACGAGAUCGAUACUGCUGCAGUUGUGCAUUUCAACGGUAAUAAUAAACCAUGGCUGGACAUUGCCAUGACUCAGUAUAGGCCACUUUGGACCAAGUAUGUUGACUACGAAAAUGAGCAUAUCCGAGCAUGCAAUUUUGGUCUGUAA